CGAAGCUAUUCUUUAGAAGAGGAGAUUCUCCAAGCAGACAGGACUACACAACAGACCCAGGAGAGACAACACACAAUUCUGGGAUUACUUCUUGAGGAAUAUUCUAAUCGAAAACUCACUCUAACUUCACACAGCAUUUGGCUAUCAUUUUCUUCUGUUUUACAGUUUUCACCAGCGUUUGUACAACACAGGACUAUUUUGAAAUCAUAACAAUUCCUUUCACAAUAGUCCCACAGGCGUUGUGAGUCUGGCAAGCGAGUCUACUUUCACACAAGCUUCAACGUAUCUUUAGAGUACCAUCAGUUGUUUUUGGACUAGUUGGGCUGUGGACUGUCCUAUUCACCGUCUUGAGUCACUCUGACUGCCUGGACCAUUUUACGUUUUUAUAAACAGUUUUUGAAGACUAUUCUACCCUAGGACUACCCUACCUCUCUCAUUGCCAUGGCGAACAGCUGUCUCCAGCUCAGCGGUUUUGUGAUGAGUUGUAUCGGCUGGGUCGGGAUCCUUAUCGCCACGGCCACCAACGACUGGGUAGUGACGUGUAAAUACGGCAUGAACACCUGCAAGAAGAUGGACGAGUUAGGAGCCAAGGGGCUGUGGGCUGAAUGUGUCAUAUCAACCGCCCUCUAUCACUGUAUAUCAUUGACACAGAUAUUGGACCUACCGGCAUACAUCCAGACGUCGAGGGCUUUGAUGAUAACUGGAUCCCUCCUGGGGCUGCCUGCAGUGGGGAUGGUCCUAACAGCCACGCCUUGCAUCUCUCUGGGGGACGAGCCUCAGUCAGCCAAGAACAAACGAUCCCUACUUGGGGGAGUUCUCAUACUGCUAGUGGCUCUGUGUGGGGGGGUGUCGACAGUAUGGUUUCCUAUAGGAGCCCACCAGGACCAGGGACUCAUGUCGUUUGGGUUCAGCCUGUAUGCUGGCUGGGUGGGCACGGCCUUCUGUCUCCUGGGAGGGGCCAUGAUCACCUGCUGUUCUACUGAACCGUCCCAACACUACAAUCACCAUGACAGGUUCUACUACUCCAAAGGACAGGGGCCUGGCAACCCUGUUCCACCCUCCACUAACCACGCCAAGAGCGCCCAUGUUUAGACACAUAUGAAGUACAUGCUUGCAUACACACACACACACACACACACACACACACACACACACACACACACACACACACACACACACACACACACACACACACACAGUGUUGUGUAACUCAGAGCGGUGUCUAACCUGGUGCCUGAAGAGAAACCAAGGGGUCCUGAUCGGGAUAACCCUGCUCUGAUGAAGGUUAGGGUUCUUUAUUUUACAAUGAGUUAGGGUUAGGGUUCUUUAUUUUACAAUGAAGGUUAGUGUUAGGGUUCUUUAUUUUACAAUGAAGGUUAGGGUUAGGGUUCUUUAUUUUACAAUGAAGGUUAGUGUUAGGGUUCUUUAUUUUACAAUGAAGGUUAGUGUUAGGGUUCUUUAUUUUACAAUGAAGGUUAGUGUUAGGGUUCUUAAUUUUACAAUGAAGGCUAGGGUU